GGAACUGCUCCGUUUGAAAUCUCUGGUGGUGUUAUAUAAAAACGUUAAUACACCAUUUUUCCCAUGGUGGAAUGUGUGUGUUUUAACUACAGCGGCCAAUGCAUUCUCUCGAAUGUGCCGAGAACGAAACGGCAGAUUGGUAAACAGAGCGCGCCUUCCAGGAUUCCCUCAGAGGCAAUAGGACAGGAGGGAGGGGAGCAAGAUGGCGGCGGUUGGUGGCUUGGCCGGCCUUCUGCCCGCGCAGAACCAACUGGAGUACGCGCUCGAGGAUGCAGUGACGCCUCAGGAGAAGGAGAACCUGGUCUAUCAGCACCUGCGCAAGGUGGACACCUGGGAGCGGGAUUUGAAAGUCCCCGAGUUUGGAGCAGAUCUACUGUGGCUGAAUACUGAAGGUCCUCUCUCUCUGUACAAAGACCUUUGUGGAAAAGUAGUGGUGUUGGAUUUCUUCACUUAUUGCUGCAUCAAUUGCAUUCACCUGCUGCCUGAUCUCCAUGAGUUAGAACAGAAGUAUUCUACAAAAGAUGGUCUUCUUGUUGUGGGCGUCCACUCGGCAAAGUUUCCUAAUGAAAAGGUUCUGGAUAACAUCAAAAGUGCUGUUCUUAGAUACAAUAUCACCCAUCCUGUAGUAAACGAUGCCGAUGCAACCCUCUGGCAUGAGCUAGAAGUGUCCUGCUGGCCAACACUGGUUAUUGUUGGACCUCGCGGAAAUGUGCUGUUCACUCUGAUUGGUGAAGGACACAAGGAAAAGUUGUUUCUGUUUACAUCAAUAGCACUAAAGUAUUACAGGGAGAAAGGACAAAUCAACAGUAGUACAAUUAGAACACAGCUCUAUAGAAACGCUUUGCCACCUUCUCCUUUGCUGUUUCCUGGCAAAGUCACAGUGGACAGUACCAUGGACAGAAUAGCAAUAGCAGACACUGGACAUCACAGGAUUUUGGUUGUCACAAAAAAUGGUCAAGUGCUGCACACUAUUGGAGGACCAAACAGUGGAAGAAAAGAUGGACCAUUUUCAGAAGCGUUAUUCAGUUCCCCACAGGGGGUGGCUAUAAAAAACAAUAUUAUUUACGUAGCAGAUACAGAAAACCAUCUGAUCAGGAAGAUUGACCUGCAGAUGGAAAUGGUGAGCACUGUUGCAGGAACUGGAAUACAAGGCAUGGAUAAGGAAGGAGGGGCCAAAGGCGAGGAACAGCCCAUUAGUUCACCGUGGGAUGUAGCUUUUGGAACCUCAGUUUCAGCUACCCAUGAAGAUGACAUUCUGUGGAUUGCCAUGGCAGGUACACAUCAGAUCUGGGCACUCAUGUUGGAAUGUGGAAGGCUACCUAAAGGAAGUGAUUUAAAGAAAGGGACCUGCCUUCGGUAUGCUGGGAGUGGGAAUGAAGAGAACCGAAACAAUGCAUAUCCUCAUAAAGCAGGCUUUGCCCAACCUUCUGGUCUCUCUGUUGCUGCUGAAGAACCCUGGAACUAUCUCUUUGUAGCAGACAGCGAGAGCAGCACUGUGCGAACGAUCUCUCUGAAAGAUGGAGCUGUGAAACACCUUGUAGGAGGAGAGAGAGACCCAAUGAAUUUAUUUGCCUUUGGUGAUAUUGAUGGAGCUGGCAUAAACGCAAAGCUACAGCACCCUUUAGGAGUAGCAUGGGAUAAGAGAAGAAGUCUGCUUUAUAUUGCAGAUUCUUAUAAUCAUAAGAAUGCUAGUCAUCAUAGCGGGGAAGAGACAGGUGGCAGAAGAGGAGACAGUAGCAGGAGUAGGCUGAUAUACUGUAAAAAGAUACAUAGGAUUUCUCUUGAUGAAAGCCAGAGCACUCAGAUUAAAUUUGUGGAUCCCAAAAUGAAGAAUUGUGCAACAUUGGCAGGUACAGGAGAAGCAAGCAAUGUUAUUGGUUCCAGCUUCACCACAUCAUCUUUUAAUGAACCUGGAGGCCUAUGUGUCGAAGAAAAAGAGUGUUUGCUCUAUAUUGCAGACACAAACAAUCAUCAAAUUAAAGUGCUAGAUUUAGAGACCAAAAUUGUUUCAUUGCUACCUCUUCUAAGUACCGAAACACUGGACACUGUAGAUGCCUCACAUGUGCAAAAGACUGAUAUGGCAAAAUUACCAAAGCUGCCAAAAUCUGCUCCAAAUCUUCAGCUACCAUCACUGAUUGUAAGCCCGGGCCAGACACUCCACUUCAUGUUAAAACUGAGCCUUCCUCCAGUUACCAAGCUGACUGAAGAAGCACCCAGUUCAUGGUUUCUCUCAGCAGAAGGCAGUGAAUGGUUGCUUCAUGAACAGAACAUAUUUGGAAAAAUUGAGGACAUUUCCAAACAACCUGUAAUCCCACUGCAGAUACCCAUGAGCUGUCUGUCAGCUGAAGUUGUACUGUCAAUCAAAGUGUGCCUUUAUUACUGUAGCAAAGACAGCAGUGCAUGUAUGAUGAAAGGAAUCUCAUUCAACCAGCCUUUAGAUAUAACCAAUGCAAAUCAAGGUAGCACAGCUCCAGUUGAGCUUAUAUACGCAUUUAACUAAACCAAAGCAGCUUUUAAACUCCAGUUACUACUUUCUACUUCUUUUUUAAUACAAGAAGACAUGCUCAUAGGGGUUUGUUGUUUUUUAUUCCUGGACUUCCAACAGCAUGUGGUGAAUUCAGUUAUGUAAUUCAGUUCCAAAGUUCACCUUGAAAGCCUGCGGAUAAUGUCUGCAGUAUGAUUGAUCAGAUGAAAUAGACAAGCCUACUGCUGAAUCAUGAAGAAUGUAACAUUUUAGCCCUUUACUUCUUUACAGGAUAAGCAAUAAAUGCUAAAGUGGGUUAGGUCACUAUGAAUAGUGUGAAAUCUUGAUCAAGGAUCCACAGUUUAUAGAGUCUACAUUUGAAAGUUUAGUUUUAAUGCUGUAAUGUUUAUAAGAAACUUGCUCUUUGUAUGGUCAAAGCUACCAUGGGCUAAGCAAAAGCCUAUGAAUUUUAUGCCUUUUCUUGAAUACAUAGUUGAAACACUGAA